UGUGUAUCCGUGCCCUAUGAUUGACUGGCAACCAGUUCAGUGAAUGAGAGGCAUUGGUCUGUAGUUUAGCCCAUUGACUAGCGUUAAUUUAACAAGCAGCUGUGACACAUCCAAUAUGGCGAUGCGUUUAGGCGUCCCUCAAUAGAGUUACGCCGCUCGAGCCGGGCCUGGUUGUGUUUUCUAUCUAUGCCCAGCAAGGGACGCAGAAAUGACGUAAUCCGAAACGGAUGAGGAUCGAGGCUGGAUUGAAAGCGAGGCGACCAACUUUGCUUUUCCAAACAACGAGUAUGAGGCAGUCUUAUGGUUUUACAAACAUCACUGGUUUGAGGGAAUGUGAGUCUUACGUGCAGAAAAUAGGUACAAAGUGAGCUGCAGAGUUAUUUGAAAGAAUGGAGAGCACCAGGAGCGCCGUGGCUUUUGGUGUUGCGAUCAAUGAAGAUUCUGUGGAUAUCUACGAUGACCUUGAUCUCAACCAUUCCAAGAGUUUAGAGAGGUUCUCUCCAAAUUCUCAACAACUCAAAGAAUCAAUGGAUCUAUAUGAAGAGAUUGUAACAGAAGAACAACAGGAUAAAGAAUCAUCUCAUACCGAGUUACAAUCCCGAUUUCAAGCAGCCCAGCACCAAAUUAAGGAAUUGCACAGAAGACUUCAGAAAAUGGAGAUCGAGAACACAGGGCUGAACACUGAGAACACCCACCUCAAAAAAAAUAUCUCUGCGCUUUUACGGACAGCCAGACAGGAGAUUAUGCGAAAGGAUGCUGUGAUUCAAAGGCUGAACCAAUCAUCAGGCAAAGUUCACUAUCAUCAUUCUAGAGCAAAUAAUCUUCAUGAUCAAAACUCCUCCAGUAAGGCUAACACUAUCUCCAUGAGAGGGAUUCCAGAAUCUACAACACCUAGUCCUUUGCUGCACACUUCUCCUCGAGUGUCCUCAUCAUCGAGGGACAGUCAUCCCCCAAAGGUUCCUCCUCGACCACCCAGGAGAGAAAGUCCGAGCCCUAACCGCAAGGCCAAUACCUCUUGCACUGAGACAAGACAUUCCAAAGGUCCUACAAGUGGACAUGGUCUCGUGCCUGAGAAACGAAACGAACAUUGCAUCAGCAAUUCUCUCAUCAGUUCAUCAACCCGGCAUCAUGGUUCAGAUCAGCACAAAACCAAAGACAGAGAAAAACAAUGUCAGAAACGAUUUGAUACCACAGACAAGAAGUAUGGAACUAGUUCAGCUCCUCGAAGGGACCGAUAUUCUGUUGAGAAAGAUAGACCUCAUAAAUCCGACAAAGACACCGGAAGAAGAUAUGAAUCCAGGAUAUGUAAAACCAGAGACAACAAAAAUGUCGAUGGAUAUCACAGAUCAGAGAGGAGUAAAAGUCCUCCAUUCGAAAAAUCACAUGCUAUAGGUUCCUCAGAUGCCUAUAAAGCGAGAACUGGAGAAAAGAGACAUAAGACACCCUCCCUAGAUUCUCAACAUUCAACUCAUCUUAGAGGUACAGAGGACUAUAGCCGACAUCGUGAAAAGAUUAUUCUUAAACAUAGCGGUUCACAGAGGGAGCAUUCCGACUCAAAAGACCAGAAGAGGUCCUCUUUAAAUCGGCAAGCAGAAAACUACAGUGAUUUCCCCAAAGAGAUGCAACGGGAUAAGCUUUCAAAAGAUUACCAGUGGAAAGAAGACAGGCAACAUGAAGAAAUGACCAGUAGCCAUAGAAGAACCUCAUCAUCUGAGAGAAGCAGACGAGCUGAAAAUCGGCCAUCAGAAGAAUCCCACAAUCUUAAACGCAAUACCAUUUAUAAGGAAAGACAAGGAAAAACUGGAAAAACAUCAGCAAAGGAACCCGUGGAGGAAAACGGCCAAAACAGCAAACUGUGCUUCAUGGAAACACUUAAUCUGACCCUUUCACCAAUUAAAAAAACAGUACCCAACAAUACCAUCCAGGAAGGACUCACUGCAUUGCAUCACAUAUUUCAAAAUGGGCCCCAUGAUGGUUUGCAAUCCGAUCUACAUGCUAGGGAUCAAAUUGACGGCAAUGAAUUAAAGGGAACAGAAAAGUUACUUUCAGAUUCUGUUGACUCACCAACUUCAAAAAAGUUGCAAGUGAAUGAUGUCCAGGAAAAAGAUACAAGUGACCAUGAAACUCGUUUAGAUACUCAGCAAGCAGAAGGAAAUUCUAUCCAAGCUAUUUCAUCCUGCCAAUCCAUAGAUUCAGCAGCAAAUCGCAUGUCGACACAUCACAAUCCAAAAGCACAAGGUAAUACUUCUCGAAAAAGAAAAGAUAGGAAAGAUGAUAUCAAAGCUAAAUUUAGGCCAGAUGUCCAAUUAGAUUCACAUGAACAACCAGAUGAAACUGAAUUCAAUAACCUGUAUGGAAACGUUACUGGUAAACAGCCAAGCAGUUCUUUACAAAAAGUAGACAGUGGACGGAACAAAUAUCAGCGCGCUGCUGUUGCACAAUGCGCUGCUUCAAGUGAAAAAAAUUCCAAAGGACGAGUUUUGGGGACCAAAGCUCCAGAUAAAGUUAUGGAAUAUGCAGUCACACCAAAGCAUAUAUUUCUCCCUGAAGACAUUGAGGCUAAUCCAGGGGCUCAACAAACGUAUCUCAUCAUAUCUCAGGACUCUCUCCCAGGAGUGAAUCCCCCUUUGUUUUCCAGCCCAACCAAUGAAGACACACAUUGUGCUCAGGAUGAUUUCAGAGAUACAGAUGCUGUAUCGAGCACUAUAAAUGUGGAAUUGGGUCCUCAACAGGAGGUUAGUUUGCCUGAGGCAAUUAAUUUUUUCAUGAAAAGGGACAACGGUGGUAGCCUAAGCCCUGUAACUGACCCAAGCACAUCCAUUGGUGUGUCAAAGGUCAGCAGCACAACAGAAGAAAUUGUUCCACCAAAAAAUUCUUGCGAGUUCACUGUCUCACCGAAAAAAAAGUCUUCCGAAAAAACUCCGGAAAAAAAUGUUGAGCUUUCCAUUUCAAUGCCAUUGCUUCACGAUGAGGACUCCAUGAUGCGUAUGCUUUGCCAUCUAAAGAGAAUCCCAGAUGCAAUCAGCCCUUUGAGGAGUCCAAUCCACCUAAUGAAGACAAGCCGCCACUGCGUUCUUGGAAAGCCUGGGCAUGUCAAAAGCCUGCAAAAAGAGUUCUCAAAUACAGCUGAUGAUGCCAACGCAAAGAAAGUGGAUUUAAACAAAGAAAACAAAUAUCCAGGAUGUCCUUUAAAACAUGACAAGCAGGACACGGAUGACAAAUUAUCAGAAAUGCCUUCAAAUCCGUCUGACACCGAGCUUGAGGAAGCUGGCAUUUCAAGUGGAAGUGAGGAGGCACAAUCAUCCCUCAAUUCUGGCAAAAGGGUGAAAGUGGAAGAAAAGCGAAGAAAUAAAGCAAAUCUAUUGAAAAGGAAAUCCGAAGCAACGUCUCUGGCUUCAAAAGAAAAGACUACAAUAGCGAGUGUGUCAACACAAAGUCCCCGGAAUAAAACAGCUUGCCCAAAAUCAGCCAAGGCUUCUUUUUCAACAAUAGAAGAAGUCAUGGAAAUGUUCACAUCACUUCGAUCGGAAAUCCGGAAAAAAUAUAUGAAGCUUCACAAAACCUUUCCAAAGAAGAUUUUCUUCAGUGUGAUGGAGCAUUCAAGAGAGUCACUGAUGCAAUUUGUGGAUGGAGCCCAUUUUGGUCAAAUAUGCUGUCAGGCAGUUGAGCUGAAAUCAAAGCUAAAAAUAUUAAUUGUGUCUGUGUUCAACAAAGUAGCAGACAACGGUAUUGUAAAACGCAUCUUUGACCAGCAAGCUGUUGAUCUGAAGCAAAAGUUGUGGGCCUUUGUCGAUGAUCAAGUUGAGUUCUUACUCAAGGACGUUUACAUGACAUUGAAGAGCCUGUGUAGACCAGCAAAAACCUUGCCUGAAGAAAAUAUGUCGAGUGACACUGAAAGACUUUUGAGAUUACCUCGUGAGAAAAUGCAGACUCGCAAAGAUACAAAAGGUGCUCUAAGCUCUGUGAAACACAUCAAACCAUGUGCUGCUCCUCAUCAAACAGGUCUUGGUAGCAAAGGCAAAGAUAUAAGGAUUAGUCCAACUGGGAACGAAAAAAGGCAUGGUCAUAAACAUAAUUAUGGCAAUAUAGAUCCAGGAGUUGACUGUACUCCUCAAAAAUCUCCGGUUUCAGAGAAACAUAAAAUGGCCUCUUUGGUAGCCUCACAAAGCACGUCCAUGCUUGAAAAAAGUGACUUUGAGCUUCUCACAGAGCAGCAAGCUACCAGUUUAACAUUCAACCUGGUAAGAGAUUCUCAAAUGGGAGAAAUAUUUAAGUGCCUCCUGCAAGGAUCAGACCUACUUGAAACCAAUGCAAUGAUUGGAGAGGGCACAUCAUGGGCUCUUUGUACGCCAAAGAAGAAUGGAGAAAGACUCAUCAGCAUUACAACUCCAAAUAAAUUUGAAUCUCCAUCGAAAUUUCUUUCUCCAACCAAAUUUGAUACGCCCUCGAAACUGAUUGCGACAUGGUCUAGCAUUUUACCUCGGGACAUGUCACCACCGUCCAAAAAUCGGGACAGACCAAAUCCGGCUUUAUUUGAUGAAAGCUGCUUGUUAGAGGUUCCAUCGGAGAAUCAAGCAACACUGCACUCCAGCUGUUUGUCGCAGAGAAAUUAUUCGAUUCUAGAUGAAGAUCUGGCAGUGUCUCUUACUAUUCCAUCACCUCUCAAGUCUGACAGCCACCUGAGCUUUCUCCAACCCUCCGGGUUACAUGUUGUAUCCACCCCAGACAGUGUCAUCAGUGCUCAUAUUAGUGAGGAUGCUCUGCUCGAUGGUGAAGAUGCUACUGUACAAGACAUUCACCUCGCCCUUGACACAGACAACUCCAGCCUCGGAUCAAGCAACAGUGUGGCCUCACCGGCAGCUCUCAAUACUUUUGUGUUGAAGCCUGAAUUGCCCAUGCAGGCGCUCGUGAUGGAGAAGUCCAAUGAUCAUUUCAUUGUGAAGAUCCGUCAGGGGAAUAUACAGACGGGUCUGAACGUCCCCACAGAUGAGACCUUAGUACAAACACGAACAGAAGAAGCCUAUCGAGGAGAAGAUAUGGCCGCUCGGGAAAGACAAGGCAAAUAUUUGUUCAACGAGAUGCAUAAAUAUGCUCAUCCAUGCAGUCUCUCUGACCUUUCUGAGGACCCUGUAACAUGCCAAGAUGUGUCAAGUGAAAUUGGCUUUACUGAAGAUCAUUUCAGGCUAAAAAAACAACCUCCACUCUUCGACCAUUUGUCAACUACGUCAGAAGGUUGUGCAACAAAGAAUUUGAACAAAGGCGCGUCUCCAAAAGCUACUUUUAAAAUCGCUACGUACAAGGAAACUUUUCUUGAGCACACUCUUGGCGUUAAACUCAUGAAGGAUGAAAACCCUAAUCCAACAUUCGAUAUGGAGAAACACAGUCCAGAUCCCCUCUGUCCUUCAGAAACUAAUCCUCCUGAAUCACAGAACAGCACCAGUCCUUACACGCGUACUGAGCAAGGCAAUAGUGAAAGCUCAGAAAUAAUUCAGACAAGCCAAGAAAUGUCAAAGUGUUCAUACAUGCAGAGCGAAAUGGAGACAUCAAAGUCAGACAGAAUUGCAGAGGACACAAGUACAGCCACGGGAGAAUCCAAAAAGGAUCGCCCGAAAAGUGAAAAACGGAAAAAGCACCAAGAGCCGUCAAAAGCAAAGCGUCCAAGAAAGGAUGAAGAGAACACGAUGGAAGACAAUGCCUCCAGCUCCAAAAAUGAUGUUAAAUCAAAAUCCUUACCUUCAUCCCCACAUAGUUUGUCUGCCAGGAACGUCAUCAAGAAAAGAGGAGCUUUGGUGAUGACGUGGACCAGAGAUGAAGAUCGAGCCAUACUUGUUGACCUGAAAACAAAAGGUGCUUCACGCAAAACGUUUGCUGCCUUGUCGGAUAAACUGAAAAAACCUUCAGAAGAGAUUGCUCAGAGAUUUUACCAGCUGAUGAAGCUCUUCAAGAAGCACGGGAAUACGAAUGCCUGAUCAUACCCCAAGUUGUUUGCAUUUGAAUUGUUUUCCUGUAACUACAUUUUGAGAAGGUUUUAAUACACAAGAGUCACUGAAGUACACCAAUGAUAUACAGCUAUGGAAUAAAAUUUGAGACCACCCUUGUUUUUUCAGUUUCCCGUUCAUUGUAACAGCCUCGUACAGCUAAAAGUACAUUUCUUUGGACCAUUAUGGUAAUGAGAACAAAAACAACUCGUAUGAGCUGAAUAGAGCUGAAUUUAAGAUCUGAUAGAGACAUUUUCCAAAGGUUUACUUGAUAAUCCCCACAAUUACCAUAUUGUUGUAUAAUUUGGUCAUCCGUGAUUUUUUUUUUUUUUUUGGGUGGCAUUUCUUACAUGAUACACUUUUAAGUGGCGCCAGACGUUAAAAUGAACAAGAAGUUGAAGAAAACAUGGCGGUCUCACCAUAAUUUUUCCAUGGCUUUAUAUACAGUACAUGUUGUAGAUGUUAUGUAUUGGUCACCGAAAUGUUGAAUUGUCACUAAAUUCCUGUCGUUCUCCUGAAAGGCUUGACCAUCCUGACAACUAUUGUCAGCGUUUAUAGUGUAUUGCUGGCAUUGGACCUGAAUCUUCAUACCUCAAAAUUCUGCACUUUUUAGGGAGACCCAAAACAUGGCAUGUGUGCUCAAGCGUUAACAUGGCAUCGUCAAAGACAGCCAGCCAUCUUAAGGUGAACAAUUUGGAAAAAUAACUCUCGCACGUGUGGACUGACUGUUGAGAUUUGUGGAGAAAAAAAAAUUAAAAACCCCUUAUGACAUUUACCAAAUUGUGACAGGAGGUUUUGGUACGAUGCCAGUAAUAUUCUGUUUAAUGUACGUAAACAGCCAGUUUUUCAAUUAAAAGGCGUAUUUUGGCACUUAUAGAGAAUGUUGCUGUUUUUGAACUCCAGGAGUGAUCAAAAUGAUGAACUCUUGCAAUCAAAUGUGAAAUAUCCACCUCAUAACCUGUUUUGGUCGUCUUUUUGCAAUGCAUCAGUAACUAUUGCUGUAUGUGUGUGUGGGCGGGGGGGGGGGGGUUGAAGUGGUUUUGUAUUAGCCUGUUUAGGACACCUUAUAAAAAUUUCUCGCCUUCCUUUGACGAAUAAGAUACGUUGAACCAUAUCGGAAAAAAAUGUAAAUCUGAAAAAAAAUUAUUGUAAUUUUUGUAAGAAAGGCCUGUUUUUUAGGCUGUUAUGUACAGGAGAAAAUCAAUACAUCAAUACAUUUUUUUUUUCAACAGAAGCGUUAUAUCCGUACACACAAUGGUGUUUUGUUGGAUCAAAAUGGAUGGAUGGGUAUAGCAUACAAAAAAAACCCUCCUCUUGUUUCAUAUCAAAACAUUGAAUUCAAUGUUGUGAAUCAUUUUAUUUAUUUUUGUGCCUCUUUACAAAUCAAAUUCUAGUUGUAUAAGAGUACCGUUAGUGUUACGAUCCGCAUCUGUUGCCACGGUUGUUUCCCCAAAUGUCAAUAAAAAUGUAUUCUGUUCAACCCAAA